AUGAGGUCUACGGCUGCCCUUGGCGUGGUGCUUGCACUGGCUUCAGGCUCAAACGCUCAGCAGAGCGCAUAUGGUCAAUACUAUUCGCAAUGCAUCCCAGGCACAGGAUCGAUGACACAGACUACACAGACAAUCCUGACCACUUCCGUGCAGUCGACCAGCUCGUCUAGUACCCAGCUGACCAGCACUAGGAGCACAACCUCGGCAGCACCGACUGGGACAUCUGCUCUCGAAUGCACCGGCACUUUCACACCAAUCUCGGCUUCCGAGUACGUGGCGGCCAUGAACCCUGGCUGGAAUCUGGGUAACACCUUGGAUGCAACGCCAGACGAAGGCUCGUGGAACAAUCCGCCCGUCGUGGCCGAAACGUUCGCGGACGUCAAGGCUGCCGGGUUCAAGAGCGUACUGACAUCCUCUGGUGAUGUAGUUACCUAUGCCGACCACUUCACCGGCAGCUCUCCUGACUGGACUAUCGACCCGGACUGGCUGCAGCGGGUAUCCGAUGUGGUCGACAUGGCCGUGGACGCCGGACUAUAUGUCCUGACAAAUGUCCACCACGAUUCGUGGGAAUGGGCCGACGUGUCAGCGUCGGGUGCGAACUUGACCAUGAUCGAAGAGAAGAUGCACCGGACGUGGGUCCAGAUCGGCGAGACUCUGGGCUGCAAAUCCUCCAUGGUGUCUCUCGAGCCCAUCAACGAGCCCCCAGCUUCGGAUGCCGAGGAUGGUACAGAACUAAACAAGAUCAACGGAAUAUUUCUCCAGGCUUUGGCCGAGUCUGGAGGGUUCAAUACCCAACGGGUCGUAACUCUUGUCGGCGGUGCCAUGGACAGUAUCAAGACCUCCGAGUGGUUUGUGGCCCCUACCGGAUACGAUAACCCAUGGGCCCUGCAGUACCACUACUACAGUCCAUAUGACUUCAUCUUUAGCGCUUGGGGCAAGACGAUCCUGACCGACUCGGACAUCGCCACCAUUGAGGCCGACCUGGCCAACAUCCGGGGCAACUUCACCGAUGUGCCUCUGCUCAUCGGCGAGUUCGACGCCAGCCCUAUAAACUGUGAGCCCGCUGCUCGGCGGAAGUACAUGGACGUCGUUGCUCGAACAGCCAAAGAACUCGACACGGCGGUCAUCCUCUGGGAUAACGGACUGGACCACCUUGACCGCGAUACGCACACCUGGAGAGACGUUCACGCCAUACAGAUUCUGAUGAAUGCUGUGGCGGGUGUAAGCAACAGUCUCUCGGAUGCCACAACCGACGCGGCGGCCACAGAGCAGUCGAGUUCCGCAUACUUGUUCCACAAGGUGGGCGAUGCUGUGGCCGACCAGGCAAUCACAGUCUCCUUGAAUGGCAACACUCUGGACUCGAUCGCUACCGACGACGGAAUGACCCUCACUGCUCCGACCGAUUACUCCAUCUCGGACGAGACUAUCACUUUUACAUCGUCGUUCUUAUCGCAGUACGUGUCUGAGACAGCAGAACCGGGAACCAAAGUCGACCUGACUCUAACCUUCUCCGCUGGUGCCACGGCCGGCGUGACCGUGGCUCAGUGGGAGCUCCCGACUCUGGCUUCAACGUCUUCCACCGCCGUCGCAGGCGCCGAUCUGCUGAUCCCUAUCACCUGGGGCGGAAUCAACGAGCCCGCUGCUGUGAAGAUGCUGCGGAGUGACGGGGACUAUCUUUUCGACGACUGGACCCAAUAUCUGGGACCCCUGCAGGCAGCCUACGGCACCUAUUCGGGUCAAUGGAACUGGGACAGUGGCGAUCUGAUCUUGACCUCUACCACCGUCGCCGCUGUCAUUGCUGCACGGGUGCCCACGACCUUCACGUUUGACUUCUUCCCUAGGGUCGCUGGGAACUCGUUGAACUACACGUUGAACGUUUAA